AUGCUUCUUUCCUCACUUGCUCUCGCGGCCUUCUCGUUAGGCGCAGCCGCCAAAAGUCAUACCGGCUCAUCCCCUCACUAUGAUUUUGUCAUCGUCGGCGGAGGCACCAGUGGUUUGGUUGUUGCAAACAGACUCUCAGAAUUGAAGAAUGUCACUGUUGCCGUCAUUGAGGCUGGUGAAUCAGCAUUGAACAACUUCAAUGUGUCUAAUGUCAUGGGCUACAGCACGGCAUUCGGGACGGAUGUCGACUGGGCCUACCAAACCGAGAACCAGACCUAUGCGGGAGGCUUGCAGCAGACUAUCCGUGCCGGAAAGGCACUUGGAGGUACAAGCACAAUCAAUGGAAUGUCCUAUACUCGGGCCGAAGACGUACAAAUUGACAAUUGGGAAGUGCUCGGGAACGAGGGUUGGAACUGGAAGAACUUGUUUCAAUAUUAUAAGAAAUCGGAAGGCUUCCAGGUGCCUACUAAGGACCAGAUCGCCCAUGGUGCCAGCUACAAUGCUAGCUAUCACGGUUUGAACGGCCCUCUGAAGGUCGGCUGGCCUACUUCCAUGACCAACAGCAGCGUCUUCCCAGUUCUCGAACAAACCUUUGAGAAACUCGGCGUUCAGUAUAACCCCGAUUCUGAAGGCGGCAAGAUGGUCGGAUUCACUGUCCACCCUGACACCCUGGACCGGGAGAUGAACGUGCGCGAAGAUGCUGCCAGGGCUUAUUACUGGCCAUAUGAAGCCCGCUCGAACCUGAAGAUCAUCUCCAAUACUCGUGCGAACAAGGUCAUCUGGGCCAACUCCACCCAAGGAGAGGCUGUUGCCGUCGGCAUUGAAGUUACUAACGCUUACGGCACGGAAACCAUCUACGCUGACAAGGAGGUCAUCCUGUCGGCAGGCGCGCUCAGAUCCCCUGCCCUGCUCGAGCUGUCUGGUAUCGGAAACCCCGACAUCCUCAAUAAGCACAACAUCCCCGUUAAGGUCAACAUCACCACGGUCGGCGAAAACCUACAAGAUCAGACCAACAACGCCCUGUCCUGGGAAGGUGUUGACACCCUCACUGGAUUGGCAACCUUCUCCGUCCUGCCGUCUGUGAACCAGCUCUACGGCGAUAACGCCACUGCCUUGGCUUCCUACGUCAAAUCCCAGCUUGCUAGCUAUGCUAAGACCGUCGCUGACGCCUCGAACGGCGCUGUUAAGGAGGCUAACCUCGUGGAGGCCUUCGAGUACCAGUACGACCUGAUUUUCAAGUCCCAGGUCCCCUAUACGGAGAUCGUCUUCGCUCCCAGUGGGCAAUCCUUUGCCGUUGAGUACUGGCCUCUUCUUCCCUUCUCCCGCGGCAGCGUACACAUCCAAUCCGCGAACGCCUCUGACUAUCCUGCCAUCAAUCCCAACUACUUCAUGUUCAGCCAGGAUGCCGAGGCUCAGAUUACGGUGGCGCAAUACAUUCGGAAGGCUUUGGGAACUGCACCUCUCAACAGCCUUGUAGGAGAGGAAGUUACUCCUGGCCUCGACGUGCUUCCCGCUGAUGCUUCCAGUGCCACUUGGACCAAGUGGGUUCAGCAAAACUACCGAACAAACUACCACCCCGUCGGCACCACCAGCAUGCUUCCCCGCGAGAAGGGUGGCGUUGUCAGUCCCGAGUUGAAGGUUUAUGGUACCAAGAAUCUUCGUGUGGUCGAUGCAUCAGUCCUGCCAUUCCAGCUCUGCGGCCAUUUGACCAGCACUCUGUAUGCUGUCGCUGAGAGGGCUUCCGAUCUCAUUAAGGAAAGUUACUAG